AGGAGGAGGAGGAGGAAGAGUCAGGAGCCAGGAGGAGGAGGAGGAGGAGGAGGAGGAGGAGGAGGAGUCAGGAGGAGGAGUCAGGAGCCAGCUCCUCUGCACCUGCUGUCAUGAACACAAACGUCAUUUUUGGACAAUCAUCUUCCUCCUGCCAGACUUUUAUGCAGGAACGUCUCUGCUGAUAAAGUCUAAAUAAACAUGAAGCGUCUGUCUGGAAAAAGCUUUUCGUUUGUAAUUCUGUCUUCUCUAAGGUUCCUGAUGGGUCUAUGGGGAUGUUUUGUCACGUUCAGGGAUCCAGGUUCUCACAAAGCUGCUGUUUCCUGUCAUGUUGGAGCCCAGAGUCUAACCUGGGUACUGUUGGGGGGAGGUGGGUUACAUCCUGGACUGGUCGCCAGUCUAUCACAGGGACACAGUCCCACUUUAGAGAAACUGAUCAACCUAUGACGCGUGUCUGUGGACUGUGGGACAGACUGUGUCUGUACAAAACCCACUCAUGCUAACGGCACAGCUGGGGUUCGAACCAGAACCUUCUUGUUGUGAGGGGAAGGUGCUAACCGUUGCACCACAGUGCAACCCAAAGACAUAAAAAAAACCUUUUGACUUGUUUCAAUGACUUGGAAGGUGUUGAAGACACGUGUCUGGCAGAACACAUACCUCCUUCAAAGAUGGGGGGGUAUAGUGAGACCUUCAGCUGGUGGUGGUGGGGGGGGGGGGCAGUCUCUAAACCGUUUCUAGAAUUUCCUCCGAACCAAAAGACUUUCUUCUUGAAGUUUCUCUGCAGCUUGUUGGGUUGUGACGGACGGAGAAACUGGACGUUUGUGAUCAGAAACAGUCCUGGGGGGUUAAACGCAGGACCCCAGGCUCUUCUGCCCACGUUGGUCUGAGGAUUUCAAAUCAAUGAAAGUCUUUCUCUCAGACGUGACGGUUUUAAAAACGGUUUUCUGAUCUGAAGCUGACGUCUGUCUUCUGGUCUCCUCCUGAGAGGACCAGAGGAGGCGUUUCUUCUCAUGAAGGUUUCAAACCUCAGCGGCUGCAGUCAUGAAGCUCCAUAGUCUUCCUCCCUUCAGCAGGUGCUUCAAAAUGGACGACUGCCUUUUUUCUGUCCGCGCUGAGCUGAGAGAUUAGAGCAAUGAGAUUAGGAGCCCUGCUGACCUGCAGCAGAGAGCUGCUUCAGCUGUUUUCCACCCUGCUGCUCGGUGGACUGGGUUCUGCCGGUUGCUGGACUGGGUUCUGCUGCUCGGUGGACUGGGUUCUGCUGCUCGGUGGACUGGGUUCUGCUGCUCGGUGGACUGGGUUCUGCCGGUUGCUGGACUGGGUGGUCAGAUGAUUGCUUCACAGGCUGAGGCGGCUUCUUCAAACAUCGGUGAGCAGCUGCAGAGGAACUGAAGCGGACUGACCUUUGAACCACCAGACGUCGCCGUGGGCUGACUGAUGGUUUCUGCCCCCCCACCGUCUGAUGACCUGUUCGGAGGCUCAACCUGAGCUGCAGUGCGAUGGACACCAGCUCUCAGAUCCGCUUGCUCCUCUGGAAGAACUGGACUCUUCGUAAAAGACAGAAGAAACGCUUCCUGGUGGAGAUUUUCUGGCCGGUUCUGCUGUUCGUUGGUCUGGUGUGGCUGAGGAAGGCCAAUCCGCUGUACCAGCAGCAUGAAUGUCACUUCCCCAACAAGGCCAUGCCCUCAGCUGGGAUCCUGCCCUGGAUCCAGGGUAUCUUCUGCAACGUCAACAACCCCUGCUUCAGACAUCCAACAGGGGGAGAGUCUCCAGGCGUGGUGUCCAACUACAACAGCUCAGUGUUGGCACGGUUCUACGUGGACAUCCAGGAGCUUCUGCUAAACCAGACAGACAUCCAGAAUUAUGGCAGACUGUGGCGAGAGCUGACGUCUUUCUCAGACUUCAUGGACGUUUUACGCAGAAACCCUUCUGCUUUGGCAGGCCGUGGGCUGAGAAUAGAAGACAUGCUGAAAGACGACGAGCUUCUCACAGCUUACCUCCUCAGAGAUGUGGGUCUUCCAGAGUCGCUGCUUUACCAGCUGCUCAAUGCAAAGCUGCGCCUGGAACAGUUUGCAUUCGGGGUCCCGGACCUUCAGCUCAAGGACAUAGCGUGCAGCCAGGCGUUGCUGGAGCGCUUCAUCAUUUUCCCGAGUCGAAUGGGACUCCACGGAGUCCGCAACGCCAUGUGCGCCCUGAGCCAGCAGCGGCUGCAGAGGAUAGAAGACGUCCUCUACGCCAACCUGGACUUCUUCAAGAUCUUCAAGCUGAUGCCUCAGGUUCUGCAUAGAGGAUCUCAGGGGAUUGAUCUGCACUUCUGGGGCCAAGUCCUCAGCACGGCAUCCGACAAGAUCCAGAUACUCAUGCAGCGGGACAGCUCUCAGGACUUCCUGAAGGCCGUCUCUCCGUUCUUUCAAGCGGGAGGUCCUUCAUCCUUCACCCAGCUGAUGUCUAGCGUGUCCAGCCUUCUCUGCGGAUACCCAGAAGGGGGGGGCUCCAGUGUCCUGUCCUUCAACUGGUACGAAGACAACAACUAUAAGGUGUUUUUGGGGGUGAACGGCAGCAAGAAGCAGGACUACGUCUACGACCACACAGCCACUCCGUUCUGCAACGCUCUCAUGCAGACGCUGGAGUCCAACCCCGUCACCAAAAUCAUGUGGAGCGCCGUCAAGCCCCUCCUGAUGGGGAAGAUCCUCUUCACUCCAGACGCUCCAGCCGCCCGCAAGAUCAUAAAGAGUGCCAACACAACCUUUGAGCAGCUGGAGAGGCUCCAGAACAUGGCCAAAGCCUGGCAGGAGCUCGCUCCUCAGCUCCAGGACUUCUUCAACCACAGCGUCCAGAUGAACAUGAUCAGGGACACUCUGGCUAACCCCACAGUGAGGCACUUCUUGGACACGCGUCUGGCACAAACUGACUUCAGCACCAAGGACAUUCUUGGCUUUCUGAACCACAGAGUGGAGGAAGACGGAGAGUCUGGAGCGGCCAGGUUCACCUGGAGAAGCGUCUUCCACCUGCUCGAUCAGGUCAUUAACAUGUUCAACCAAUACGGAGAGUGUGUCAGUCUGGAUAAGUUUGUGGCCUACACAGAUGAGUCCCAAAUGACCCAUCAGGCUCUGCACCUCCUGGAGGAGAACAAGUUUUGGGCUGGAGUGGUCUUCAUGGACAUGUUACCCUGGACCUCCAGCGUUCCCCCACAUGUCCGAUACAAGAUCCGCAUGGAUGUGGACGCCGUGGAGCGGACCAACAAGAUCAAGGACAGGUACUGGGAUCCCGGGCCCAGAGCGGACCCUGUGGAGGACCAGCGAUACUUAUGGGGGGGGUUCGCUUACCUGCAGGACAUGAUUGAACACGGGAUCAUCAAGCUCCACACGGGCAACGACUGGCCGCUCGGCGUCUACAUCCAGCAGAUGCCGUACCCGUGUUACGUGGAUGACCUCUUCAUGAUCACGCUGAACCGCUGCUUCCCCAUGUUCAUGGUUCUGGCCUGGAUCUACUCCGUGUCCAUGACCGUGAAGAGCAUCGUUCUGGAGAAGGAGCUGCGCCUCCGGGAGACCCUGAAGGCCAUGGGGGUGGACAGCGGAGUCAUGUGGUACACCUGGUUCAUCGACAGCUUUAUCAUGAUGACCGUCAGCACCGCACUGCUCACCACCAUCAUCAUGGGUGGGAAGGUUCUGAACUACAGCGACCCGGUCCUGGUCUUUUUCUUCUUGCUGACGUUCACUGUGGCAACCAUCAUGCAAUGCUUCUUAAUGAGCGUUUUCUUCAACAAAGCCAACCUGGCAGCCGCCUGCAGUGGAAUCAUCUACUUCACCCUCUAUCUGCCUCACGUCCUCUGCUUCGCCUGGCAGGACCGGAUCACCAAAAACAUGAAACUGGCCGCGAGCUUGCUGUCUCCGGUGGCCUUUGGCUUUGGUACUGAGUAUCUGUCCCGGUACGAGGAGCAGGGACUGGGUCUCCAGUGGAACAACAUCCAGACGAGUCCUUUGGAAAAAGACACCUACUCCUUCUUCACAUCCAUCUUCAUGAUGACGUUGGAUGCCAUCCUCUAUGCUGUCUUAGCCUGGUACCUGGACAAUGUCUUCCCAGGACAGUAUGGCAUCAGCCGGCCUUUCUACUUCCCUCUGCUGCCGUCCUACUGGACGGGUCCCGCACCGACAACCAUGCAAGCAUCCCAUGCAGGUCCAGAGGAGCCUGAGCUGGACGACCAGAAGAAGGAGGUGGAGAGCAGAGACACUCCGGAGACCUGCAACGGCUCAGCCAGCAGGAAGACCUGCAAACACCAAAGCAGGAGAGAGCGCCUGCAGAGGGAGAAGGAGGUCCUCAAGCAGCAGCAGCAGGAGGAGGCGGCGGCUCAGGACGCCGGACAGGAAGGUCAACUGUUUUUUGAGCCUGACCCCCCCGGCCUGGUUUUGGGUGUGCAGAUUGAUGACCUGGUGAAGGUGUUUGCUGGAAGUGCACGUCCAGCCGUCAACUGCCUGAGCAUCAACUUCUAUGAGGGGCAGAUCACAUCCUUCUUAGGGCACAACGGAGCAGGAAAGACCACAACAAUGUCGAUCCUGACCGGGCUGUAUCCCCCCACCUCUGGAACCGCCUUCAUCAACGGCAGAGACAUCAGAACAGACAUGGACGUCAUCCGGACCUCUCUGGGAAUGUGUCCUCAGUACAACAUCCUCUUCAGUCAUCUCACAGUUGAGGAGCACAUCCUCUUUUAUUCGCUGCUGAAAGGACGGACGGAGGAGGAAGCCAAGCUGGAGGUGGAGGACAUGCUGGUGGAUCUCGGGCUGCCUAACAAGAGAGACGAGGAGGCUCAGAACCUCUCAGGCGGAAUGCAGAGGAAGCUGUCAGUGGCCAUGGCCUUUGUUGGAGGGUCAAAGGUGGUCAUUCUGGACGAGCCAACAUCUGGAGUGGACCCGUACUCCAGAAGAUCCAUUUGGGACCUCCUGCUGAAGUACAGAGCUGGCCGCACCGUCCUUCUGUCCACCCAUCACAUGGACGAGGCCGACCUGCUGAGCGACCGCAUCGCCAUCAUCUCCAAGGGGCAGCUGUACUGCUGCGGCUCCCCGCUUUUCCUCAAAAACUGCUUUGGCGUGGGUUUCUAUCUCACUCUGGUUCGCCGCAUAAAAGACAUGAGGAAGCUGGAGAAGGAAUGCGACUGCGCCUCUGACUGCUCCUGCGCAUGCUCCAUCUGCACCAGAUACAAAGACCAGUCCCAGCAUCAGCCCCACAUGCUGGACAGGGUCCUGGAGGGCGAUGUGGAGAGCAUCAGCAGCCUGAUCCACCACCAUGUCCCAGAAGCCAAGCUCAUUGAGAGCAUCGGACAGGAGCUGACCUAUCUGCUUCCCAACAAAGGCUUCAAGCAUCGGGCCUACGCCAGCCUCUUCAGGGAGCUGGAGGAUACGCUCGCUGACAUGGGCCUGAGCAGCUUCGGAGUCUCCGACACGUCACUAGAGGAGAUAUUCCUGAAGGUCACAGCAGAUGGAGAAGCAGCCAGCAAAGCCACCACUGCAGAACAGUGGAUGUUACAGGGGAGGAACGCCGGCAGCAGAGUGGCUGCAGGAGCAGAAGAAGAUCAAAACGGCGUGAACGGCAGCCCGCCUGCGUCCGACAGCAGCGAGGGAAGAGGCUCCAGGCAGGUGAAGGGAGCCUCCCUGGUUCUGACGCAGUUCUACGCUCUGCUGGUGAAGAGGUUCCACCACGCCGCCAGAAGCCAGAAGGACUUCCUGGCACAGAUCGUUCUUCCUGCCACCUUUGUCCUCGUCUCUCUGAUCUUCACCUUGAUUGUUCCUCCGUUUGGAGAGUAUCCCAGUCUGACUCUGAGCCCGUGGAUGUACGGACAGCAGAUGACCUUCUUCAGCAAUGAGCGACCAUUUGACCCCAAAAUGAAGCAUUUCAUAGAACGGCUGUUGGCCUGGCCCGGUUUUGGGACACGGUGCAUGCAGGGGGAGCCUCUGGGGAUGACCUGCAAUAACAGCAUAUCGGAGUGGGAGGAGCCUAUUGUUCCACCUGAGGUCAUGAAGAUCUUCCACAGUCAGGAGUGGUCCCCCAGGAACCCCUCACCCUCCUGCCAGUGCAGCUCCAGCAAGAAGCUGACCAUGAUGCCCAUCUGUCCUGCUGGUGCUGGGGGGCCCCCACCCCGCCAACGACUGGAGGCCACAGGAGACACCCUUCUGGACCUGACAGACCGGAACAUCUCCGACUACCUGCUCAAGACCUACCCCAGCCUGAUCAGAACCAGCCUGAAGAGCAAAUACUGGGUGAACGAGCAACGAUACGGAGGUCUCUCAGUAGGAGGACAGCUCCCCGUCCUGGACGUGGACCCCAAAGACAUCCGGAGUGUUUUCUACCAGCUGGGGAAAAUCCUCAACAUCACCGGGGGUCACUUCUGCGUCCUAACCCUGAGGGAUGUUGGGACUUUCUUACGAUUCAUGGAGAGUGAGUUCAAUAUCAAGGUCUGGUACAACAACAAAGGCUGGCACGCCAUGGUGGCCUACAUGAACGUGGCCAACAACGCCAUCCUGCGGGCUUUCCUUCCUCCCGCCCACAGAUCCGAGGAGUUUGGCAUCACCGCCAUCAACCAUCCUCUGAACCUCACCAAGGAGCAGCUCUCCGAGGUCACGGUGUUGACCACUUCUGUGGAUGCUGUGGUGGCCAUCUGUGUUAUUUUCGCCAUGUCCUUCAUCCCUGCCAGCUUUGUCCUCUACCUCAUCCAGGAGCGAGUGACCAAAGCCAAGCACCUGCAGUUUGUCAGUGGCGUCAGCCCUCUGGUUUACUGGGUGGCCAACUUCUUCUGGGACAUGAUGAAUUACACUGUGAGCACCGCCAUGGUGGUCGGCAUCUUCAUGGCGUUUGACAAAAAGUGUUACACGUCCCAGAAGAACCUGCCUGCUCUGGCGGCUCUGCUUCUUCUGUACGGGUGGUCAGUGACCCCCAUGAUGUACCCCAUGUCCUACAUUUUCAGCAUCCCAAGCACAGCAUACGUGUCUCUGUCCUGCAUCAACCUCUUUGUCGGCAUCAACAGCAGCGCCAUCACCUUCAUUCUGGAACUUUUUGAGAACAAUCGGUCUUUGCUGAUGUUCAAUGAGUGGCUGAAGAAAUGCCUCCUGGUGUUUCCUCACUUCUGUCUGGGCCGAGGCUUGAUAGAUAUGGCCAUGAAUCAGGCUGUUACCGACGUUUAUGCCCGCUUCGGAGAGGAGUUCUCGUUGGACCCUUUCCGGUGGGACUUUUUGGGGAAGAACCUAACUUUCAUGGCAGUUGAGGGCUUUGUGUACUUCCUCCUGAAUCUUCUGAUCCAGUACAGGUUCUUCUUUGACCACUGGUUGUCAGAUCAUCAGCAGUGUCCCAUUCAGGAGGAUGAGGAUGUGGCGGCCGAGAGGAAGAGGAUUUAUGAUGGAGGCGGCAAGAUGGACAUCCUCCAGAUCAGAGACCUCUCCAAGACGUAUGUGGGCAGGAAGAGGCCAGCGGUGGACCGCAUCUGUGUGGGGGUUCCUGCAGGGGAGUGUUUCGGUCUUCUGGGAGUCAACGGAGCCGGAAAGACGACGACCUUCAAGAUGCUGACGGGAGACACAGACGUUUCCUCUGGAGACGCCUCUGUGGCCGGCUACAGCAUCCUCACACAGAUGCUGGACGUUCACCAGAACAUGGGCUACUGCCCUCAGUUUGACGCCAUUGAUGAGCUGCUGACGGGGAUGGAGCAUCUCUACCUUUAUGCUCGGCUCCGGGGGGUCCCAGAGUCGGAGAUCCCCAGGGUGGCAGAGUGGGGCAUCAGAAAGCUGGGCCUGACAGAGUACGCCAGCCGCUGUGCAGGAACGUACAGCGGAGGCUACAGGCGCAAGCUCUCCACCGCCAUCGCCAUGAUCGGCUGUCCCGCUCUGGUGCUGCUGGAUGAACCCACCACCGGGAUGGACCCCCACUCCCGCCGCUUUCUGUGGAACGCCAUCAUGAGCGUCAUUCAGGACGGACGGGCCGUGGUGCUGACGUCACACAGCAUGGAAGAGUGUGAAGCUCUGUGCACCCGGCUCGCCAUCAUGGUCAACGGGACCUUCAAGUGUCUGGGAACCAUCCAGCAUCUGAAGUACAAGUAUGGGGACGGCUACGUAGUUACCAUGAAGAUCAAGGCAGCCAAAGCAGGGUGGCCCCCCGAGCUGGAGCCCGUGGAGACCUUCAUGGAGACCUCCUUCCCCGGCUGCGUCCAGAGGGAGAAGCACUACAACACGCUGCAGUACCAGAUCGCCUCGUCCUCGCUGGCCCGGAUCUUCCAGCUGGUGGUGGUCAACAAGGACAGGCUCAGCAUCGAGGACUACUCCGUGUCCCAGACAACCCUGGACCAGGUGUUUGUGAACUUUGCCAAGCAGCAGACGGCAGAGGAUGAAGAUGCCCUCAGACGAACGGUGAACGCCAGGAAAGACACCAAGAUCUCCCCAGCAAAGAGGAAAAGAUGAAGGUUGUAGCAGCUACGGUCUUUACAGCAGCUGGAUCGGUCCUAACUCCAUGUUUCUGCUCACACGGACGCUUACAUUUCCACAUCAUGUAUGAAGAAUGAAUGAAAAAACUCUUAGGCACAUUUUUUGUCAAAGUGAAACUCAGUUUGACUGAUUUACAUGAUUAUUGAUAAGUUUGAUCCGUUCUGACAGACUGUCAGAUGUUUACUCCUGCUUUUGCUCCUGUUAUUUACUUGAUGCAUAAUAAAGGUUUUACGCUGCGUUUCA